GUCCUUUCCGAUAACUCGAUUAUCUUUCCCUGAAUACUCUUCAAGUGGGCAUGCGCAAAAAGCGGAAAUUUACUUCCGGGGACUACACAAACCAGGAAGUAAACAGCAACAAGUGAAAAUGGAAAGUAAAGAUUCAAAACUAAUAAAGAAAACGGGCAGGAAAACCCCUAAGUACUAUUGUAUUUGUAAAGGAAUUUACAGAGGAAAGGUUAUUGAUGGGAGAAAAGUGUCAUUGCACCGUUUUCCUCAGAACAAACGUUUAAAACGUGUGUGGGUGCAGCGAUGUAAAACGGUCAUGAGAUCGUUCCAGUGGAAUGAACACAGACGAUUGUGUAGUGAGCAUUUUGUUGGCUUCAGAGGACCUUCAUUCCAGCAUACACUUCCAUCUAUGUUUCCAACUGAGACUGGUGCUACCAAAACCUUCCAGCCAACGCUCCUUGAUGAAGACGUAGGUGAUGAUGAUGAUGGUGAUACGGUCAAUGACGAUUUAGACCUAGAACUGUCAAAUGAUGAUAGUAUACAGCCACAACUGUCAUUUGUAUCCCCUUCCGGGCAUGCCAUUGAUACCUCUGUCCACCUGCAUGAUUACUGCAUGGGACCAGUACUACAGCCACAGAAUCAGUCCUUUAGAUGUUGUGACACACAGACUGAGAACAACUGUGCAGUGAUGGAAGUACAAACUGAAGAAAGUUUCCUGGGAAAAACAGCAGACUUCAGUUCACAAACAGAACAUUCUACUAGAGACUUUGGUGUACAAUGUCAGCUACCUAUGCUCACAUAUGAUGACGUAAAAUACAAUGACGAUUUGGUCAGUUUUUACACCGGAAUCCCUAAUCGAGUUGUGUUUGAAGCUUUGUUUGAUGAAAUCAAGGAUGAAGCUGAAGUGCGGACAUCAAGGCGGAAACUUAACUAUAAAGAUUCAGAUGGAGGACGGCCAAGAACUCUAAGUGUUCUGGAUGAAUUUUUCAUGGUGCUGAUGCGCCUACGUCUAGGUCUGUUAUUUGAAGAUCUAGGUACUAGGUUUUGCAUAUCCACUUCACAAUGUAGUGACAUUGUUGAAAGAUGGAUCAACUAUUUACAUGUACAAUUAUCCUUUCUUGUUCAAUGGCCAUCUCGUGAGGUAGUGAAAAAUAACAUGCCUGAACAAUUUAAAGAGAAAUAUUCUAACACUAGAAUUAUUAUCGACUGCACUGAAAUUUACAGUGAAACAUCCAGUUCUCUUUCUUUGAAAAGUUUAAUGUACAGUGAUUACAAGUCUCACAUGACUCAUAAUAUUUUGGUGGGUAUAAGCCCAAAUGGUGUUGUAACUUUUGUUUCUGACUGUUGGGUGGGCUGUACCAGUGACAAGAAACUCACAGAAAAAUGUGGACUCUUGGACUUGCUUGAAGAAGGAGACGCCAUAAUGGUUGAUAAGGGUUUCACUAUUACAGACCUUACUACUCCAAGAGGCAUUCAUCUCAUUAUUCCACCAUUUAAACAGAAAGGAAAACAAUUCUCUAAACGUGAGGUUCUCCUUACAAAAGAUAUUGCAAGUUUACGAAUACAUGUUGAAAGGCAAAUGGAGAGAAUCAAGAACUUUCGAAUAUUGCAUGGCAAUAUUCCUAUAACACAGUCAAGGAGAAUUUCUAAAGUGUUCAAAAUAUGCACAUAUUUGACAAAUCUAUGGCCACCACUUGUUCAAUAAUAACUCAUGUGUCAAUGAAAGCGUUUGUAUAUAUCAAGCAUUAGAUUUAGGGAUAAAAACUUGUAUACUUCUAACUAGAACAAUGAAAUUACAAUUUUGUUUUAAAAUCAUUUUUUCGAGCAAGUUAUAUGAUAACAUAUGAGAUUACACAUUUGAUUCAGGUUUGACAAAAAUGGAUAAGGAAAUAUGCUCAUGUGAAUGGAUUUCAAGAUUUGAUUUGAAACAUGUAUGCAUUAACUGAUCAAUUUAUUGAUAUAAUUUUUUGUUUGUGAAACAUCUGCUUUGUAUUUUGUGGUUUUAUUAUUUGUAACAUUUCUAAGAAUAAAAGUCAA